GCUGCGGCCCGCCGACUCCGCACUCGCGCUCGGGCCAACGCGCCCGCCUCGCCCGCCUCCGGGUGCCGCGGCCGCUCCAGCCUCUGCACUCGCCUCAUCUGGGGAGCCUUUUCCCAAGCCCCCAAAGUUUCUGGGUUCGUUGGAAUUUUUGGAUUCCGAUUUUCCCCCCUUUUUAUGCACCUAGGAAUUUUGGAGGAGUACUUUUGAUAAAUUGAUCUCACUUUCCGCUAGCUCUCGGUUCCCCCUUCUUUUUGCCCCCCUCGCUCUGAGCAGGGAAGGGGCUUCCGAGAGGCUCCUGGUGGAUAAAGUUUUCCAAAGUUUUUCUAGUGUGAUGGUUGAGGGGAGAGCAGGCUCACCAGCUUGACUCAGCUCCAUCUCACCUUCCCAGAGCAGCCCUAAGCCCGCGUAAAGGGACAAACAAACAACAAACAAACAAAGUUACACCUCGAGUCGCCUCGUGUCUCCUCUCUUCUUCUUCCAGGACAUCUUUUUCCUCCCUCUCUUCGAUCACCUCGCGGCCUUCAGACCCCUUCUCUCGGCCCCAUCUCCUGGGUUUCUCCGAGGGGUGCCAGGACCCCCGGCCGCAGCUUCCCCUCCCCCGUCACUCUGGUCCGGCCCUCCCCUCCCCCUUCGCGGCCCGCACAGCCAAUCCCCCGAGCGGCCGCCAACAUGCUCUUUGAGGGCUUGGAGCUGGUGUCGGCGCUGGCCACCCUCGCCGCGUGCCUGGUGUCCGUGACGCUGCUGCUGGCGGUGUCGCAGCAGCUGUGGCAGCUGCGUUGGGCGGCUACCCGCGACAAGAGCUGCAAGCUGCCGAUCCCCAAGGGCUCCAUGGGAUUCCCGCUCAUCGGAGAGACCGGCCACUGGUUGCUACAGGGUUCUGGCUUCCAGUCGUCGCGCCGGGAGAAGUACGGCAACGUUUUCAAGACACACUUGCUAGGGCGGCCGCUGAUCCGUGUGACCGGUGCGGAGAACGUGCGCAAGAUCCUUCUAGGCGAACACCAGCUAGUGAGCACCGAAUGGCCGCGGAGCGCACGCGUGCUGCUGGGCCCCAACACGGUGGCCAAUUCCAUUGGCGACAUUCACCGCAACAAGCGCAAGGUCUUCUCCAAGAUCUUCAGCCACGAGGCGCUAGAGAGCUACCUGCCCAAGAUCCAACUGGUGAUCCAGGACACACUUCGAGCCUGGAGCAGCCAGCCUGAGGCCAUCAAUGUGUACCAGGAGGCCCAGCGACUUACCUUCCGAAUGGCAGUACGUGUGCUGCUGGGCUUCAGCAUCCCUGAGGAGGACCUGGGCCACCUCUUCGAGGUAUACCAGCAGUUUGUGGAGAAUGUCUUUUCUCUUCCUGUGGACCUUCCCUUCAGUGGCUACCGAAGGGGCAUCCAAGCUCGGCAGAUCCUUCAGAAGGGCCUCGAGAAAGCUAUCCGUGAGAAGCUGCAGUGUACCCAGGGCAAAGACUACUCGGAUGCCCUGGACAUUCUCAUUGAGAGCAGCAAGGAACAUGGCAAGGAGAUGACCAUGCAGGAGCUGAAGGACGGUACCCUGGAGCUGAUCUUUGCAGCCUAUGCCACCACGGCCAGUGCUAGUACCUCCUUGAUCAUGCAGCUGCUGAAACACCCUGCUGUGCUGGAGAAGCUGAGGGAGGAACUGCGGGCCCAGGGUCUGUUGCAUGGUGGCGGCUGCCCCUGUGAAGGCACCCUGCGCCUGGACACGCUCAGCAGCCUGCGCUACCUGGACUGUGUCAUCAAGGAGGUCAUGAGGCUCUUCACGCCCAUCUCUGGUGGCUACCGUACUGUGCUGCAGACCUUCGAACUGGAUGGUUUCCAGAUCCCCAAGGGCUGGAGUGUCAUGUAUAGCAUCCGAGACACUCACGACACAGCUCCCGUGUUCAAGGACGUGAGCGUGUUUGACCCUGACCGCUUCAGCCAGGCGCGCAGCGAGGACAAGGAUGGCCGCUUCCAUUACCUCCCAUUUGGCGGUGGCGUGCGGACCUGCCUGGGCAAGCGCCUGGCCAAGCUGUUCCUGAAGGUGCUGGCGGUGGAGCUGGCCAGCACCAGCCGCUUCGAGCUGGCCACCCGGACCUUCCCUCGUAUCACUCUGGUCCCUGUCUUGCACCCUGUGGAUGGCCUCAGCGUCAAGUUCUUUGGUCUGGACUCCAAUCAGAAUGAGAUUCUGCCCGAGACAGAGGCCAUGCUGAGCGCCACAGUGUAGCCUCACUCUGGUCUCAGCCCAGCCCAGCAGAGGGGUAGGGGGUAGAGACAGAAACCUGUGGGGUGGGGAGGGGCUAGAUGGGAGGCCAGCAGCCCCCUAUGAUUUCCUCCUCUGGCCUCCUCUCCUAAUACAAAAGGGCCCCGCCCCCUCCUGACUCCCACUCUCUUGGAUCUCCACUGCCCCCUAGCUUAGUUCCCGGGACAGGGCCAGGACAGGGCUCCCUGUGCCCAUGACAGUGUUAGCACCAGUUGGCUGAGCUGCAGAAUAUGCUUAUGACCUUCUGAACGCUCCCUCUCUUUACCCCCUUCUCUUUUUGUUGGUGGUCUGGUGGUUGUGAAGGCAGGAGGGAAGAAAAGAGGGGGGCCCUUGGAGCACUCUGUGGCACCCUGCACCCCCCCUCCUGUAACUGCUCAAAUGAUGUCCAGAACAGCGUCUUGGGGAUGCUCACCCAAGUCAACCUGGGCAGCGCAGGAACUGCCACCGGCCUUGAGGGUGCCGUACCAGCCUAACCAGUUUGGACAUUGGAAAUUAGCUAUUGCUGCUAUUGGUUCUCUCUUCUGGUCUUGGGGUACAGGGGCCUAUAGGCUUAAUCCCCAGCAUCUUCCUUGGUGGCCCUGGGCAGGCACACUGGCACUCCUCUCCCACGGGACCCACUGAGCCAGGUAGUUUUUGGCUAUAGCUGGACUCCCAGCUGCCCGCCCCUGCCCCCGAGCCCAUAUUUAUUCACUGGCCUUGGCUACACUGAGGUCUGGAGCACACGCCUGCCCCCACACAGCUGCCAGCCUCUGGCCUAGCUGUCCUCUUCAGGGCUUACGUGAGGCAAGAAGACAGAUCUCUGGUCUAACCCAGCUCCCUGGUGAAGGUUAACUGCCCUCCUGGGCUCCAGGCAAAUGUUCAGUUUAACCUCAGAGUCAGACACCCAGCAUCUCUGCCAGGUGUUUUUUUUUUUUUU